UCUCUCGUCACAGAUACUCUUUCCUCCAGCAACCCGAGUUACCCAUGAGCAGUUUCUUCUAGGGUAAAAUCUGUAGUACUGAUCCACAUCAUCAGAGGUUCUCUCUCUCUCUCUCUCUCUCUCUCUCUCUCUUUGAAGAUGUCUAAAACGUGAGUGUUGUGAAGAAGGAGUAAAGAAGCAGGAGGCAUGGCUUCAGGAAGGGACGGGAGAUCUCUCAGGAAGAUGUUUCCUCAGUCGGGGAAAUCCGUGGUCUUUGACAGCUUCCCAGAUCCGUCGGACACCUGGGAGAUCGUGGAGACCAUCGGAAAAGGAACCUACGGGAAAGUGUACAAAGUGCUGAACAAGAUGGACGGCAGCGAGGCGGCCGUCAAAGUGCUGGAUCCUGUCCAUGAUAUCGAUGAGGAGAUCGAGGCUGAGUACAACAUCCUGAACGCGCUCUCUGAUCAUCUCAAUGUGGUGAAGUUCUACGGCAUGUUCUACAAGAAGGAGCCGAAAAACGGAGACCAGCUGUGGUUGGUGCUGGAGCUGUGUAACGGAGGCUCAGUGACGGAUCUGGCUAAAGGAAUGCUGAAAAGAGGAGAGCGGAUGGAUGAAGCCAUCAUCGCAUACAUCUUACAUGGAGCACUGAUGGGCCUCCAUCAUUUACACGAGAAUAAAACCAUCCAUCGAGAUAUAAAAGGGAACAACAUCCUCCUGACCACUCAGGGGGGCAUCAAGCUGGUUGACUUUGGUGUAUCAGCUCAGCUAACCAACACCCGUCUCCGGAGGAACACCUCCGUCGGAACGCCGUUCUGGAUGGCCCCUGAGGUCAUAGCGUGUGAGCAGCAGUUGGAUUCCACCUACGACGCUCGUUGUGACGUCUGGUCUCUGGGUAUAACCGCCGUCGAGCUGGGAGAUGGAGACCCGCCCCUGGCUGACCUCCACCCCAUGAGGGCUCUCUUCAAAAUCCCAAGAAAUCCUCCACCAACUCUCCAACAACCUGAGAUCUGGUCUGAUCAAUUUAACGAUUUCAUACGCAAGUGUCUGAUUAAAGAUUUCGAGCUGCGUCCGAACAUUCAGGAUCUCCUCCAGCAUGCCUUCAUCAAACAGAUCACAGGCCAAGAAGAAACUCUACAGAAACAGCUGACGGAUCUGAUCGAACUCAACCACCAGAUAGGAAUUAUCGAGAAAACCAGACACGAAAGGAUUCACACUAAAAAAGGCGACAACAUGACAACAGACAACACGAGUGACCAAACUGAGAGCAUGGAGGAUCUGGCAACCCUGGAAGUGCUGGAUGAAAACACAGUGACGGAGCAUCUGCAGAAGCGUUACGCUAACGAUCAGAUCUACACGUAUGUGGGAGACAUCCUCAUCGCCGUCAAUCCCUUCUACAAGAUUGAUCUGUACACUCCUGAGCACUCGAAGAUGUACGUGGGUGCGAAGCGCAGUGGAAAUCCUCCUCACCUGUACGCCGUAGCUGACGCCGCAUACCACUCCAUGGUGUCCGACAACACAGACCAGUGUAUAGUGAUCAGUGGAGAAAGCGGCGCAGGGAAGACGGAAAGCGUCCACCUCCUGGUCCAGCAGCUGACCGUCCUGGGCAAGGCAGACAACCGAUCUCUGGAAGAGAAGAUCCUGCAGGUGAACAACCUGGUGGAAGCGUUCGGAAACGCCUGCACUGUCAUCAACGACAACUCCAGCCGCUUCGGGAAAUAUCUGGAGGUGAAGUUCACGUGCGGAGGAACGGUGGUGGGAGCUCAGAUCUUCGAAUACCUGCUGGAGAAAUCCCGAGUCAUUCACCAGGCAGAUGGAGAGCGUAACUUCCACAUUUUCUACUACAUCUACGCCGGCCUGGCCGAGAGGAAGAAGCUGGCUCACUACAAGCUUUCUGACAGUAAAAUUCCACAGUAUCUUCAGGACGAAAACAUCAAGCUGGUGCCGGACAUCGUGGGCAACGCUUCGUACAGCGAGCAUUUCGAAGCGGUGGAGCAGUGCUUUAAAGUCAUCGGCUUCACGCUGGAGGAACUGGGAAGCGUGUACAGCAUCGUUGCGUCCAUCUUAAACACCGGAGAUAUCGAGUUCGCUUCGGUGGCUACGGAGCAUCAGACUGACAAGAGCAACAUCGCUAACAUGGCCGUGUUAGAGAGCGCUGCCUCUUUGCUGUGUAUCAGUUCGGAUGAGCUGAAGGAGGCUCUCACUUCCCACUGUGUGGUGGCUCGGGGUGAGACCAUCGUCCGGCCCAACACGGUGGAGAAAGCCACGGAGGUUCGGGACGCCAUGAGCAAAGCUCUGUACGGACGCCUCUUCAGCUGGAUCGUCAACCGCAUCAACUCCCUGCUGAGACCUGACGAGAACGGAGAGGAAGCCAAAGAGCAGAACAUCGGCAUCCUGGACAUCUUCGGCUUCGAAAACUUCAAGCACAACUCCUUCGAGCAGCUCUGCAUCAACAUCGCCAACGAGCAGAUCCAGUUCUACUUCAAUCAGCACAUAUUCGCCUGGGAGCAGGACGAGUACCUGAACGAGGGAGUGGACAUGCGGGUGAUUGAGUAUGAGGACAACCGGCCCCUGCUGGACCUUUUCCUGCAGAAGCCCAUGGGCAUGCUGUCACUGCUGGAUGAGGAGAGCAGGUUCCCUCAGGCCACCGAUCAAACCCUCGUCGAAAAAUUCGAAGACAACCUGAAAUCAAAAAACUUCUGGAGACCAAUGAGAGUUGAUCUUGGUUUUGGGAUCAACCACUAUGCUGGAAAGGUGAUCUAUAACGCUUCCGGGUUCUUGCCCAAGAACCGAGAUGCUCUUCCUGCGGACAUCAUCCUGCUGCUGAGGUCUUCGGAGAACGAGUUGAUCCGCAAGCUGGUCACUAAUCCGCUCACCAAAACAGGUAAUCUAGCUCACACCAAGGGAAAGGGGACAGGCUCGGAGCGUCUCGGGUCACGUCAGCCCUCUCCUCAGCGCUCUGUUAACAUUGUCAAGACGGAAUUGCUGAUGUUGUACAAACUCCUGUCAGUGUACGAGGGGGAGAAUGGUGCCGAAAGCAUACAUCAUCCACGAGAGACCACCAACAUGAGGACUCAAACCGUGGCCUCUUACUUCAGAUAUUCACUGAUGGACCUGCUUUCGAAGAUGGUAGCCGGUCAGCCGCACUUCGUCCGCUGUAUCAAACCCAAUGACGAGCGAGAGGCUCAUAAGUUCGACAGGGAGAAGGUGCUGAUUCAGCUACGCUAUACUGGCAUCCUGGAGACGGCGAAGAUCCGCAGACAGGGUUACUCUCAUCGCAUCCCCUUCGAUAACUUCAUCCAGAGAUACUACAUGCUGGCUUUCCGUCUGAACGAGAAGCCGCCUGUCAGUCCUGAGACGUGUACAACCAUUCUGGAGAAAGCCAAGCUGGAAAACUGGGCUAUGGGCAAAACUAAGGUCUUUCUCAAGUAUUAUCACGUGGAGCACUUAAACCUAAUGAUCAGCAAAACCAUGGACCGGAUCGUGCUGGUGCAGGCGUACGUACGGUGUUGGCUAGCGGUCAGAAGCUACCGGAAAACCUUGGGGACGAGAACUCAGAGUGCCGUAGUCCUGCAGUCAGCUUUCAGAGGACACAUGGUGAGAAAACAAAUGGCUGGUGAAAAAACCAAAGCCAAACAUGACGCCUUCAUUGUUCAACUUCAAGCAGUCUGCCGAGGAUAUCUGGAAAGGACAAAAUACAAGGAGUCACUGGAAAAGAACAAAGCUGCUACACAAGAAGCCACGCAAGAGGAGAAAGAAGAGGUCAAAGAGGAUGUUCCGGUUGAGGAGGACAAGUCAGAAGCCCAGGAGGAUGGACCAAAAGAGCCUGAGAGUAGUGAAGAAAAGGUUACUGAAACUCCUGAUGAACCUGAACCAGGAUCCGGAGAAGAUUCUGGAACAAACCAGGCCACGACAGACAAAGUAAACUCUGAACAGGAAGGUCAGCUCCAAGGAGAGGAGAAGAAAGAAACAUCCACAGAUUCCCCAGGUCAAGAAAGUGACUCAAUUCCAGAUCCAUCUGAAGAAGACAAGCCAGCGGAGGCAGGGCAGGUGACGGAAGAAGAGCAAAACACCUCACAGGAUCAGAGCGACGGAUCUGAGAAGCAGGAGGAACCAGGAGCAGAAGAGAAAACAGAAGAAGAAUCUAACACCACUCAGGAAGAACCGGAGAAGGAGAACGAACCAACAGAACCUAAAUCUGAGGGACAGAAUGGAGAGGAGGAAAAGACAGAAGACGAGAAAAAGGAUGAACAAGAACAGAAUGACGACAAAAAUUUUGAAAGCUUCUCAAAACAUAUAAGCAGUGUCUCUCAGGACUUCCUGAUGCUACAACAGAAGCUGAAUCAGAUCAUAAUGGCUCAUCAGAUCGACCCCACCAGUAACGGCAUGUUUACACGAGGACUGGUCAUGAACGGUUCUCACGGGACCGAUCAGCAGCAUUCAGCCGCUACGCAGCAGACACGUGUGUCUCGCAGAAACACCAAACCAAAGACUCUGAACACUCCGGAAGACUCGACCUACUACAACCUCCUCCACCGAUCGGUCCAGGAUGAUAAGAAGAGGUCGAGGAAGCAGAGCACUAAGAAGCUGUUAGACACUGAUGAUCAGUAUUACCAGAGUCUGAACAGCAACAAAUCGUCUGGAGAUACGGAGACACCAGCACCACCAGCGCCACCAGCACCACCAGUGCCACCAGCGGCACCAGCACCACCAGCGCCACCAGCACCACCAGCGGCACCAGCACCACCAGCGGCACCGGGGACACCUGAGGCACCAGCACCACCAGUGGCACCGGGGACACCUGAGGCACCGGAGGCACCAGAGUCUCUGGAGUCUGAGAUCCCUGCAUCUGACACGCCAGAAUCUCCCACCCAGGAAAAUGAGCCGUCUAUGGAAGACGUGGAAAACCCUUACGACUACAGGAAGCUGCUGAGGAAGACCUCUAUGAGAGGAAGGCUUCUCGAACAAAGCUAGACUUUGUUGUUUUGGGAUUUAUGUAAAUAUGUAUGAUACAGAUGUUUGUGGAGCCAUGUCGGAUUUAUAUUUAUAUAUUUUUAUAUUUAUAUUUAUUACAGGGUUCAAUACGUGAAAUAAACGUUAAUGGAAAUGCACUAAGAAGAUUUUAUUCAUGAGUGAAUUAUUAGCGCUACUUUAAAGAGCAUCUCAGGAUAAAUUAAUGUGUAUGUAGCUAAAUAACACGGUUUACAUUCUAAAGGUUCUUCACCGACUGGCUCUCGAGUCCUCCUGCACUGUGUGUGCACUUUAUGUUCUCUCUUCUGCACUUAAUUGCUUCGUUUCUUGUGGAAUAUUCUUACAAAAAUAUUCUUGGUGCCAAUAUUUAUGCUUUGGGUGUAGCUUUUACCAUUUACAAUCCUUUGUAUCCCAAGCCGGUGAUGAUAUGGGAGAACUACGUUCUUUGCUUUCUCAGCUAAAUCAGAAGUCAGAAUAAAAAUCAGCCGAUUCAUCGAAAGGGAAAGGACACGGGAUGUAAAAUGUGUGCUUGGUUACUUUCCCUUUGGGUCAAGAUUAUAAGCAAACAUCGAUCUUCUGAGCUUAGUGAAAGCAAGAAGGCGGGGCUAUGAUGUUUUUUUAACUAGUUGAUUGCUAAAAAAAUGGAGGUACUGCUUGUUAUGAAAUACCGGCUUUACUGAACUGUCUGUUUUCCUCAUGUUGUUUGACUACAAUGUUGUUAGCUAGUAAGCUAGCUAAUUUUACCUCGCACCAGGACUGCCUCAUUUUGUAUCGCAGCUGAGGAAAACUCCUGCAAUGAUAACACUGAAAUCUGUCCACUGUGUGCAAAAUGGAGGGGUGGUUUUUAUUAUUAUUAUUAUUUUUAAUAAGAGACAAAUUAAAACUAUUUUCAUUUCUGUGUAAUAAAACAGCUCAGCGGUUUGUGAUGUGGGUCACUCUUUCAGUAUAUGGACUGCAUCAUUUUAAUUUCUUAGCUUAAAUAUCUUUGGUUCCUUCCACUGACCCACUGUUGGAAGCUGUUGUAUGUAGAUUACAGCUCAGCCUUCAAUACUAUAGUCCCACACAGCUUGGCCUCCAAGCUCAGGACGCUCAGACUGAACAUCCCCCUUUAUAAAAUCCUGGGCUUCCUCUCAAGUGGACACCAGGUAGUGAGAUUGGGCUGGUUCACUUCCAACACCAUCACCCUGAACUCUGGAUCCACACAAAGCUGUGAACCCAGCUCAUUACUUCGUCCCAUUCCAGCUCCACUUCAAUCAUCAAGUUCUCUGAUAACACAGAUCCUAUGGUGGACAAACUAGCAGCUUGGUGCCAACAGUCUCUUUCUAAAUGCCAGCAAAACUAAGGAACUGGAUGUUGACUUCAGGAAGACUCAGCCUUAGAGCUACACCCCACUCCAGACUGUGGAGAGAGAGUGCACAGCUUCAGGUACCUUGGUGUACACAUCUCUGAGAACCUGGCCUGAACCCAUCACACCUAUUCUCAGAUGAACAAAUCCAGAUAAUGGUUGAGACUGCUGAGGAAAUCCAGGGUCUCCUGAGUGAUCCUGAAAACAUUAUACUGGAGCUAGAGAGCAUUUACGGAACAUGGUAUGGAAACCGCAGAAAUCAUUAAGGACUUCACCCACAACGCUAACUUCUGGAGUAUGAUGGCUAAAUCUGAGAUGUUCAAGAGGCGCUUCUUCCCUCAGGACAUUAGAUUUAUCAAAACAGACGCCAUAAAGACUCAUCACUUCAUGGAAACUCUGCACACGGCACUUUUUACUCUGGUUGCGUGUAACAUAUCUGCAUUUCAAUAUUCUAUUUCCUACAUACUAUUUAUUAUUUCCUAUCAUUUCUAUCCAUUUCUUAUUUUUUAUUAUUUUUAUUUUAUAAGGAGGAGCAGGUCUGCUCAUUUCACUGUAAGCUGUGUAUAACUGUA